GUGCCCUUGAGCUGCCUUCUUUGUUGUAAAAAAAUAUAUAUAUACUUAACGGGGAGCAUCAGGAGCCAGGAGGCGCGUCACUUAACUCACCCACCCAUCCCCCGACUCUAACCCACACAGCAGUUAACCUGGGCAAGCCUCCUAACAGCUGCCCUUCCUAUUCUCGUACCCUUCAAGGAGCGAUUUCUCUUUUCAACACUUGCAAUAAUACACGGGAAGGAAAUUGACAAGACAUAACACUGAGGUGACUGACAGGAGGAGGAGGAGGAGGUGCUAACAUGAAGGCUAACGUGACUUCUAACACGGGAAGGAGAUUGACAAGACAUAACACUGAGGUGACUAACUGGAGGAGGAGGAGGCGAAGGAGGCGCUUAAGUGAUGGCUAACGUAACUGUCAAACUUGUAAUCAACACAACACACCAGACUCCCUGUCAGGCCCCGUCCGUGUCCAGGCACAUAAACAACACAUUAUAAGGCAUAAGAAGUGACAGCGUGGGUGCUUGUUGAACGUUAGUCAGGGGUCGUCACUGUGCUGUCCGGACUAACACGGUCGAGGCUUUCCAGGGCAUAGGAGCGAGGGAGUGUAGACUGCUUACCACUACUACUACUACUACUACUACUACUACUACUACUACUUCUUCCUGACACCCUCGUUCCGUCCUCUGUGUUAUAUUCAAGAUGAUGAUGAUGAUGAUGAUGAUGAUAGUGGUGAUGACGGAGGCUGCAGUGACCCCCUCUACACCACCAUCACCACCAUCACCACCACCACCAACAACAACAACAGCAACAACAGCAACAACAGCCUCCCAUAGAACCGAGGACGAGGAUUGGGAGGAGGAGGAGGAGGAGCAGACGGUCUUCCUGUGGCAUGGAGGUGUGGUGCCUUAUGUGUUUGGGGACAGCAUCACCGCCAGCCAGAGGUCCAUCAUUCUACAGGCGAUGGGUGACAUCCACAACAAGACCUGCGUUCGCUUCACACAUCGACAUAGCAACGAGACGGAUCACAUCGAAAUACACUCAGACCGCCCGGGAUGCAGGUCCUCCGUGGGGCGCGCUGGAGGCAGACAGACGCUGCACCUCAAUGCCAAGGAGUGCAUGGACGUGGGUACCGUCAUCCAUGAGCUCCUGCACAUCCUCGGACUCUUCCACGAACACUCCCGCGCUGACCGUUCGCGAUACAUCACCGUCAACUUGCACAAUGUCAUCCCCGAAAUGAGGCCGGACUUCGCGAUUGUGGCCGGGAGGAGUCUGGCCGUGGGGUACAACUAUGACAGCAUCCUCCACUACGGCCCCUACGCCUUCUCCAAGAGCCCGGGCGUGAAGCAGACCAUCGUGCCCAAGGACCCCGAGGCUGACAUCAAGGACCCAUGGCAGAGGACGGAGAUGGCCGACACAGAUGCCCUCUACGUCAACGAGCUGUACCGAGACCAGUGCAGAUUAAAUGUGUCGCAAGAAUGACUGUGUGUUUGUAUAAUGUAUCCAACAAUACUUGAAUAUGGCCUAGAAUUACUUAAAUAUCAGUCGUUCGUUAUGUGUUCAUGAGGGAAAGUACUAUACGUAACUACAUAUAUUUUUUGAGAGUUAAAGAAGUAGCUGAUCAAGGGUAUUAAAAAGAGCUUGGUAAGUGAUAGAGAAGACAGUGAUGAGUGGCUAAAAGAAACAUUGAUAGAAGAGGUAUCUUGAUAUCUUGAUACUGUGGCCGGCAAUUUAAGACACUUUCGUUUCUCACAUCAGCUAUUUCUAAAGGUCAAAGAGGGGGUCAGUCAGAUUCUAAUGAGUGUUUCUUCAGGUUCACGGUACAGAAGAAGGGUCAAACUACCACCAGGGUCAUAAAACUACUCCUGGAAAUGCCCACAACUCCUACGAAAGCCUUGUCAAAUGAGUGUUUCUUUAGGCUUAUGGUACAGUCGAAGGGUUAAACUACCACCAGGGUCAUAAAACUACUCCUGGAAAUGCCCACAACUCCUACGAAAGCCUUGUCAAAUGAGUGUUUCUUUAGGCUUAUGGUACAGAAGAAGGGUCACACUACCACCAGGGUCAUAAAACUACUCCUGGAAAUGCCCACAACUCCUACGAAAGCCUUAUCAAAUAGGUGUUCUUGGCCUACGAAAUGUCUUAUAAAACGACCCUAUAAAUUCUCCCCUGCAAGGCAAAAUAUGUAAAGAUGAUGACAUACAGCUCAAAGGGAAAGGGUGCAAGUGAAUGGGAAGGCGACCAAUCAGCUCCCUAAACUAUGCAAGAUCUCACCCCUGUCACUUCCCUCCCUCAUCCCCAAGAUCUAACCCUUCCCUUCCCUCCUUUUUCAAGACAUAAGGACAGACUCUGCAAUGAUGAAGCUGACUGACGCAUUGACCAAUUUAGUGUACAGCAGCUCUAGUAAAUGGGAAGGAAAAUGUAAAAAAUACUAUAAAAUAAAUACUCACUGUCCCAGGUUGCAGACUAAAUGGCAAAACACACCAGCAAGUUGUUUGUGUAAGGCUCAUUUACCACCAUGGCCCCUCAGGAUGCCGCUGGCCGCACACAGCACACAUUGGUGAUGGAGAACAGCCACUUUGCGGGGGUGCACCACAGCUGUCACCAGGGUACUGCUCUCCUCCGCCCCAUCCCUCCCUGCCCUCACCCAGCUCAGAGUAGUAAUGGCACUAACUAAUCUAUCACUGACUUUAGUUCACUCUCUUAACAGUAUUUUCAUGGUUUAGGGAAUUUUUUUCUACCAGCGAACAGUUAUAACUUCAAAAUCAUCUUGAAUGUUACCGUUUUCACAAGGCUGGUUCAUGGUAAAGGUAAUGUAUUCUAUCAAAGACAACAGCAAUAGCCUCAAAGUUAUCUCUGUCAUUAA